AUGAUCGGCACCGACACGUCGAAGAAAGCAUCUUCAGAUUCAAAGCCCACGAGCAGCCAAUCGGACGACCGUGCCCUGCUGGUGAAUGCGCGAUGCCAUGGGAAUUUCGUCGAGAAUGUCCCGCUCUCCCUGCUGGUUGCAUCAAUCGUCGAGAUGAAUGGUGGAGACAGAAAGGUCUUGACGGGAUCGCUGGCUGCCCUGCUUUUCUUUCGAAUCGUCCACGUCGAGUUCGGCUUGAAAGCGGAGCGUUCGAUGGGUUCGGGAAGGCCGGUGGGACACUUUGGCACCUUGACGUGGGUCCUUGGUAUGAGCACGUAUGCGGCGUGGUUGGUGAGGAGUUACUGGGGCUUCUAG